CGGAAGUGCUGGGGAGCGCCGGUAGCCCAUUCGGUUGCGGGGAUUCUGCUCUUACCGUCCGCCUCGGGGGCUUCCUGGAGAGCUAGCUUCUUAGGGCCAGGUUCUGCCAAUCCAUAGAAAACAGAACCGCUGCUUCCACCCCCCUCGGCUUCAGAGCCAAUGCGGGCAGCGUCCAGGAGCCCCCGCCUUGGGGCCGGACUAUGAGCCAGCUGGGCAGCGCCGCCUCCUCGCCGCGAGCCCCGCUACAGUCCAGCAAGGCCAGGAUGAAAAAGCUUCCGAAGAAGAGCCAAAACGAGAAGUACCGGCUUAAGUACCUGCGGCUGCGCAAAGCAGCAAAGGCCACGGUGUUUGAAAAUGCUGCUAUUUGUGAUGAAAUUGCUCGUCUUGAGGAAAAAUUCCUUAAAGCAAAAGAAGAAAGAAGGUACUUGCUAAAGAAGCUCCUCCAACUUCAGGCUCUAACUGAAGGGGACGUGCAGGCUGCAGCUCCUUCCCACAGCUCCACUUUGCCCCUGACUUAUGGUGUGGCCAGCUCUGUGGGAACUGUACAGGGAGCCGGGCCCAUGUCUGGGCCCAGCACUGGGGCUGAGGAGCCAUUUGGGAAGAAAUCCAAAAAGGAGAAAAAGGAAAAAGGCAAAGAGAACAACAAACUGGAAGUUCUGAAGAAAACAUCCAAGAAAAAGAAACUGGAGGGAGGUGCUCGCAAGCUGGUCCAGCCCAUUGCCCUGGAUCCCUCUGGACGGCCUGUGUUUCCCAUCGGACUAGGGGGUCUAACAGUGUAUAGCCUGGGGGAGAUCAUCACCGACCGACCUGGCUUCCAUGAUGAGCAUGCCAUCUACCCUGUGGGCUACAGCAGUACUCGAGUGUAUGCCAGCAUGAAGUACCCAGACCAGAUGUGUCUGUACAACUGCCGGAUCAAGGAUGGAGGUGUGCAGCCUCAGUUUGAAAUUGUCCCUGAAGACGACCCCCAGAAUGCUAUCGUCAGCUCUUCUGCAGACGGCUGUCAUGAAGAACUGCUCAGGAUCAUCAGUGCCAGUGUGGGGAAACUGAUGCCUGACCUGCUUCCAUCAGGAGCUGACUUUUUUGGGUUUUCUCAUCCAACCAUCCUCAACCUGAUACAGAGUUGUCCAGGAGCUCAAAAGUGUGUCAAUUACCAUUGGGUGAAAUUUGAUGUUUGCAACCCUGAAGAGGAGCAGCUAUCUCAGGGGCAACCAGAGAAUGAUGCAGCUGUCAGCUUUGCAGCUUUUCAGAGACCGACCUUCGAUGAAGAGCAGCAUGAUCCCAUCCUACCAGAAUGCAGAAGUACUGGCACACAGCUCCUGAGUCUGCCUCUAAGACGCCUGGGGUUCAUUCUCUUGAGACCCUGUGCUGGCCACAGAGGGACAGCUCAUCUGAUAUACUGAAGAGAGAGGGUGACCUUUGAAACUGAAAGAUCAUAAAAAGGAGGCUCCAGCACUCUAGCAGUUCAGCAGACAGGGCCGAUCGUGUGAAUUCUACGUGAGUCAGCCCCGCAGAUAUCAGGUAAGGCAAAGGAGUCAUCCCAGCCGAGCCGCCUGCCCAGCCCAUGGGGUGAGGUGAAUAAGAUGGGUGACAUUUUAAGCUCUUAGAUUUUUUUUUUUAAAGUUAGGGGUAGCUUGUUACAAAGUAAUAGGUAACUGAUAUGUCUGUAUUCACACAGGGCUGGGCGAUCCAAGGAAAGAGAAAAAAACGCCCUUGUGUACCAAAGAACCUAUUUCUUUGCUCCUUCCUCUACACCUUGUCAUGUGCACUUACCUCUCCUUCCUCUAGAAAAACGUCUGUACUCCCUCGCCCUUGAUUCUGAGCUCGGCCAAGCAGUAGCUUCCACCAGCAGAUGCCUCAGAAGGUACAAUGUGUCAGUUCCUAGCCUAGGCUUCAAGAGAUUUGCCUGCCUCCACUGGCUUUUUUUUUUUUUUUUUGUACAGGGAAGAAUUCACACUUUGCACUUGCCAGGCAGUGCUGUGUUUCUGAGCUGCAGCCCUGCCCUCCCCUGCUCCUGAUCUCUCAUCACCAGGAGAGGCACAUGGCUGGCCGGCCUAUUGCUCUCUGGAGAAAGGAGAGAGCUGUGGAACACAGCUGUCCCUGUAAACGCUGCAGCCACCCCCAACUAAAGCAGAGGCCCCCGGUGAGGCCCAGGAGCUGAAAGAGCCCAAAGAGCUCAAGCAAGGUCAACCAACACCAGCUCCCCAGAUAUGUGAGCUAUAAUAAUAAAGAUUAUACUAAGCCAUGGAGUUUGGAGAUGAUUUGUACAAAGCAAUAGCUAGCUGGUACAAGUACUUUACAGGUUUUCUAAAGGAUACAGACUUGAACAGAAAAAACAAAAAAUGUAAGAAAUGUUAAUACACAGGGCCAGGGAUUUAGCUUAGUAGCAUAAGCACCUGCCCUGCAAGCACACAGUUGUAAGUUUGAGCCCAAGUACCAAAAAAUUUUUAAAGUUAAAAAAAAAGUUAAUGCACAAUGGUAUAAUAUAGUAUAAGUUAAAUGCUAAAAUAGUGGCUGAGCAAUUCAAGUAUAUACCUUGAACAGACAAAAAUUGUAACUAUAGGAAAAUAGGGCCUCAGAAUCUGUUUGAAAAAUAUUUUAGAUGGGCAAAGAAAAUAUGAGAAGCCACUACAACUAGCCCUGCUCAGACUUUACGAUUUAGAACCUAGUAAGGGGCAGAGGAAGGAAGAAGGCAGGGCCGAGCUGGAUGAGGGUAUUCAUGACAGACAGGGCCGCAAAGACAGCUCGGCCAAGGUGUGGCCGGAAGUGCUGCUUCAUCCUGCAGCAGUAGGUGGUGACGCCUGCUCAACAUGGGGAAUGUACUAAAAUGUUCCCUCUUGAAAAGGAUUAAUCUUAGGUUGAAUUUCAGAUUAGUCGCUGAAAUCACUGAUAUGAUAAAGGACUGUUUUACAAAAGUGAUGCGGUGAGUAUAUGAGAGAGACAGAUUAAUCAAGAAGCUCCUACAUUUGCUCUACUUUAGAUGCUGCAGUCCCCAAAGAUCCAUGUACUAAGGAUUCGGUCGCAGCCUGUGAUGCUGCGGGGAAGGCUGGACCCUCAGGAAAUGGGGCCUGGCAGAAAGAAGCUGAGUCACUGGAUUUACUGAAGUAGCUAACAGUACCUCAGCCCCUGCCUGUCUCCCUCGUUGCUUCCCAUCCGCCACGAACAGGCCUCCUGCCUCACACACUCCCGCCAUGACGUACUAUGGCAACAGGACCAAGCAACAUGGGGACCAAAACCUUAAGAUCAAAUAAAACUUUUCUCCUUAUAA